AAGGGGGUUGGCUGCGAGGUAUCAUGGAGGAUCAGUUAGAGAACAGUAGACGUUGAAGAAAGCUGAGCUCGUGGGUUCGCGCUUUCGGAGUUUCUAACAAAAAUAUAUAUUUUUAACGGUCUCGUCCAGUGCGCUAAUCUUCUCACACAAUGGAGAUGAAGAAGAGGAUCAGUUUAGAGCUGAGGAACAAAACUCCGGCAGAGGUGGCAGAGCUGGUUGUGGACAAUUGCCGCUCGAGUGAUGGAGAGAUCGAGGGCCUCACAGAUGAGUUCAAGGAGUUGGAGUUCCUUAGCAUGGUUAAUGUUGGUCUCACAUCCCUGGCCAUGCUUCCGUCACUGCCUAAACUGAGGAAGUUGGAGCUGAGUGACAAUAACAUCUCGGGCUCUUUGGAGAUACUUGCAGAGAAAUGCCCUAAUCUGACGUACCUGAACCUGAGUGGCAACAAGAUUAAAGAACUCAGCACAAUGGAAGCUCUGCAAAACCUGAAGAAUCUGAAAAGCCUGGACCUUUUUAACUGUGAGAUCACAACACUGGAGGAGUACAGGGAGAGCAUUUUUGACCUGCUGCCUCAGGUCACAUACCUGGAUGGCUUUGACGCCGAGGAUAACGAGGCUCCCGACUCAGAGGAUGAUGAUGGUGUUUGUGGUGACUCGGAAGAUGAUGAAGAUGGUGAGGAGGGAGCUGGACCUGUUGGUGAUUAUGAUGAUGAUGAGGAGGAGGAGGAGGAGGAGGAAGAAUCAGAGAGUGGAGAGGUUGGACUGUCCUACCUGAUGAAAGAUGAUAUUCAGGAUGAGGAGGAUGAUGAUGACUAUGUAGAAGAAGAACAGGAGGAGGAGGAAGGUCAAGAAGAGGAGGCAGGGGUUCAGGGAGAGAAGCGGAAGAGAGACGCAGAAGACGAGGGUGAAGAUGAUGAAGAUGACGACUAACCCCAUGUGUCUGUUGAACAACUUUUUAAAAAAUGUGUGAUCUUGCAGAUUGUUUUUCUCUUGUAUACCAUAGAUAUAUCACUGUAGAGGCUAAAUGUUUUCUUUUGAUAAAUACAUAAUAUACUAUAUAAAAGGGGUUUAUUGAUAAUUCAUUUAUAGCCAUUCCGAGUUUUUGUCCCAGCAUGAGAAUCUAGUCAUUGUUGCUGAGCGGUGGGAGUGAAGAGGUCUGUGGGCAGUUUUGGUGUGUCUCCACACCUUUCCCAGAGGACACUGGGACAUAAAUACUGGUAGGGGAAUUGACACAGCAACCUUGGUUUGUAAAGCAUAAACUCACCCAGUUAGCUCGUGCUAAAGCUGCCAGUGACUUUACCCAAGAUCUUCUCCAAGAGUCAGCCUGCUCCUCAUCUACCUCUCCGGGCAGCCUCAGUCUCAGCCCACUACGGAGCAUCGAGCCAAUGAUCUCCAGCUAGCAGCAGUUGUGGUCCUGGAUAGACCAGCCCAUGCAGAAGAUAUCCUCCAUGGCACUAUCUUUGUAAGGGAUGCCACCUCUUGAUUUACCUUAAGCCAGGUUCAAAUAGACAGCCCAGAGUGUGAUGUAUGUAAAUGUGAUGUAAAUUAGGGAGGGGGUUUGGGUGCAGUGUAGUAUAAACAUUUUUGACAGGAUUAUAACCUAUUUUAAUUGGAAUUGGUCUUUUUUUUAAAUUAUUAUGUUAUUUUUUAUUUCACGGUGGGACACCAUGUUGAAAUGAACAGAAACCAUUUAAGCAUUUCACCCUUUCUUUUAGAAUUCAGUUAUCCUUGAUUCAUUGUCUAGCAAGGUUUUUUUUUUUUUUUUUUUUUUUUUUCCUCUCUCUCUUUUAAGAGGGAUAUUGCUGGGAAAUUUCACGUAAUGAUCAGGUUUAAUGGCUUUGUUGGAUUAAUUAUAGUACCCUUAUAAAGUUUUAUUCCUAUAUCUUGGUGUGGAAACGGGUUAGUUUAUACCUUUUGUGGGGGAUAUUUUACAGAAUAGUACCUUUAAACUAAUGUUCGUAUGGCAAUAUGUACAGUAUAUAGUGUAUGUUCCAACUGGUAAAUGUUAGUGUGAGGGUUUUUUUUUUUUUUUUUUUUUAAAUAAAUAAUGAAGCUCUUUGGUUAAUUGUUUUAAUACAAACCAUAUGUUCAAGACUAAAAUCCCUAGAUGCGGGUCUCCUGUGUUUUUUAUUAUUUUUCAGUACUUUGCUGUGUUUCUGAUUGUGUGAGUUAAACCUCUCUGGAGGGAUUUAGUUUUGUUUGUUUUUAAUGUUUGAUUUCUUUUUCUUCUUUUAUUUUUUUUCCCAUUUUUUUAGAAAACAAAAAAAUAAACACAAAAAUGACAAUUUAAGAUAAAUUAUUUGAUGAAGGUAUACAUUAUUUUAUCCAAUAAUGCAUUGUGUAGAGCUUCACAAUUUAGCAAUUCUUGAGUGUGAAAGAAUCUCCACAGGUGCUGAUGUUCAAACAGGGUUGCUUGUGUUUCUUUUGGAGUAAUUCUGCUGAUAAAAUUGAAUUGCUGUAAGUAGUUUAUUACCAUGUAAUAGUGCAGUAAUUCUCUGCAAAAGUGGGUCUAAAAACUGACAGGCAAAUGUUUUGAACUUUUACAAAUUUAGAUCCAAAUGUUGGGUCUUUUUAGUAGAACAGAUGAGGAACAAUAAACUGACAUUUUUUUUGUUCAGCUUCAGUUAACUUCAGAUUUACAUCAAAAUUAAACCUUCAUCUAGUGUAUAGUAGAAUUACAUUACUAAUUUGGUGAAAAAGAUUUUUCAUUUGAAUCAAAUCGCAAUUUAAUAUUGUGCAUAUAGGAAUGUUCAUCUGAGAAUAUUUGCUUUUUGUUGUUCUUGAAGCUACACAAACAGUAUGUAACAUGUUUGACCAAAAGCAGUUUUUUUUUUUUGGAGUGGUUUCCUAAUAAACAAAGAGUUCCUUUGACUAACUAUA